AUGAGCCAAUUCGAUCUGCAACAAGCUCAAAACCACGAAAGGCGAAACAAGCUUCGAAACCAAGCCCUCGAUGUCGGGCGUCAACAUCCCAAUCCGUCAAAAAAAAUGCUUGAUAAACUCUGUAAGUGGUCUCGGUAUUCAAGGCUACGAGACUCAAACGGCACAACUCAAGAACACAGAAUACCAGUAAGAAGCAGUAGCUCCCUCAAACGCGUCAAUUCUCUAUCAAGACGCAAGAAUUUCUCCACGCGGGCAGAAAUUCAGUCGGUCUCGCAAUUUGGAAAUUUCGUCUUUCAUCGCGGUUUUUCUCUGAAGCGCUCCAGGGUUCCCUCAGUCAAAGGAAAGUUCAGAAAUCAAUCCGAGCUUGCAAGUGCCAUGGACUACAUUGACCCUCGCUCUAUGGCAAAGUCGGAUUUCACGUCGGCGAAGCGAUUCCUGUACCUAAAACUGAAAAGCCCGUCAUUUUGGCAACUGCUUCGCCUUCAUCCCCAGUUUGUGUUUCGAACCCUCGCAGCUGACUUUACUUCCACUUCAGGUAGAGCUAAACCUGCCUAUGGUACAGCUGCGGCGCGCAAAAAUAGUAUUCGCAGAGUGAUACCCAACGCAAGAAUGGCGAAGAGAGCAAACACGUAUUCGGGACCGUAUCACCGAUCUUCAUCGCGCUCAAAUAAUAAACCGCUAUAUGACAUGUGGAGGCAAUACCUUUCUCAUGUCAUCUCGCAGCGCAUUGAGUUUCGGCUUUAUCUUAAUGGUUCGUUGUCAGACAUCAACGUAAGUAGUGGACUUGCAGUACGAAGCUCUGAAUUUAGUUCGCUAGGGACCCCGUCUGAGGAAGCCUAUUUUCCCUCUCAUUCUUCGAGUUUCGACACUGCUGAAGAUGACAGGUCGACCUCUAUCAAAGGCACAACGAAUGAUCAUUCUUCGUACAAGUUAGGAAGCGAAGAAGCUUCAAUAGCGAGCACUGAGAGGAGCAGAAGUUCUCGUCGACUACAAAAGGUAUACUAG